AUGGCAAGCGAUCGUUUGACUUCCAAAUGCACGCUUUCGUUGCUGGUGAUGGUGUUCCUCGUGCUCGCCGUGCUGGUGACGCUCGCCGUGACGCUUACCUCGCACACGUCACCAUCGGCGGACUCCGGGCUCCACUCCGAGUCGGUUGAAAUUGCAUCGCCCGAGUGCAUCGUCGCUUUCGACGAUGGGCUGGUGGUCGGCAGCCGAAGACAAACUUUUACGGCGCUCGGCUACUGCGCCUACGAGGGCAUUCCGUACGUGGAGCCACCGAUUGGCAGGUUGCGAUUUAAGGAUCCGCAACCGGUGCGCUUCCGGGGGUCUCGGGUUUUGGGGAACGUAUCACGGGCCUGCCCACAAGCCUACGCGGCCCACAUGGACCCGCUGGCCACGAGCGAGGACUGCCUGUAUCUGAACGUCUACACAGGAACCGUGGCGAAGGAACAUGAUGAUGACGGUGACUCGUUGUGGCCGGUGCUUCUCUGGAUUCACGGUGGAUCGUUCGUUGUGGGGUCCUCCGAAACGGACAUCUUCGGACCGGAGUUUCUGGUGGACCAGGGCAUCAUCGUGGUGACGUUCAACUAUCGGCUCGCGGCCCUCGGCUUCCUAUCGAUGCCCGAUCUCGGCAUCAACGCCAACCUCGGUCUGCUGGAUCAGCUGGAAGCCCUUCGCUGGGUCGCCCGCAACAUCCGGCAGUUUGGCGGUGAUCCGCACCGGGUCACGCUGUGCGGCUGGAGUGCCGGAGCAGCCGCAGUAACCUACCACCUGUACUCUCCGGCCGCCAAAGGCCUCUUCCAGCGGGCCAUCGCGAUGAGCGGCAGCAUGACGCAAUCGUGGGCCUACGACUACGACCCGGACCGGUGUGGGCGCGAAUUCCUGAAGGCGAACGAUGCGACAACCAGGGAGCAGCUCCAGGACCGACCCCUCGACCGGCUGAUGAUAUUCGGGCGCGAGUUUCACAUCGAUUUCUUCUCGCUCUUCUACUACUGCUUCCUGCCGACCGACGACACCUACCGGGCGGGCCGUGAACUGCGCUUCGUCGGACGUGAUCCGUUCGAAACCGUGCGCACCGAACCGCCCGUCAGCGAUGUUCCGUUGCUCGCCGGGUACACCACGCUCGAGCACGGCAACCUCUUCCUGGAGCGCGAUUUUGGCCAAACGUCCAACAAUUUCCCCAACUUCAACCGGACGCUGGUGCCACUGCUCGACGCGUAUCUGCAGCGACGGGCUACGGAUCGAGCACCGCAGGCUCGCAACAGGUCCUCGGCCGGUCCGGACUUUUAUCGGCAGCUUGCCUCGGUGGCGGACAUUAUCUACGGCAUCCAGUAUUUCGUUCGGCAGGCCGCACCGAAGAUGCGCUCUCCGGUGUACCGGUAUCUGUUUGCGUACGAUGGUGCGUUCGGAUACGCCAAGAACUGGUACUACCGGAACCAGAUAGUGCGCCGGCCGGGCCCGAUGCACGGUGAUGACCUGGGGUACCUCUUUACGCCGUACCUCUACCGGCGGAAGUACUGGCAGGCGGUCAGGGUGCCGGGCGAUCCGGAGGACGCCACGCGAGCAACACGUUAUCGGGCGGAACGUCGAGUCCAGCGACGGAUGGUGCGGCUGUGGUCCAACUUUAUCAAGCACGGUAACCCAACGCCGGCGGUGGCCCGGAACGCUCGAACGCUCCGGUGGCAUCCCUACAACGAUCCGUCUUCGGGCGGGCACUACCUUCGCAUCGAUCGCCGGAUGCAGCUCCUGCCGGUCGCCGAUGCGGAGAACCCUUUCUAUCGACUCUGGGACCGUGUGUUCGGCUGUCUGUACGAGUUCGAGUGCGAUUUCUUGAACGUUAAGAAAUGA